AUGCCACGCUCUCUAUUAUCAUCCACAGCUGCUCGGCGGCUAUCACAAACCCCAGCUUGUCGCCUCUUCUCAACUUCCCGCUCGACUUGCCUCUCCGCAUUCCCCGACGGUCAAUUCAUCUCUCGCCGGACAGCCACUGUCGCAACUCAACCACUUCUCCAAGGCUCAGUUGCACGCUCCCAGAUCCCUCACUCCAUUCGUCAGCGCUACGCCGGGUUUUCAUCCUCGCCUGUUCGCCCGGCUACAAAGGUCAUUCAAAAUCCGAGAACCGGAGAUGACGGAGAACCACUUGAGAUUGCCAUUUCGCCACGGGCUAUGGAG